ACAAUCAUUUUCAACAAGUGGAAAGAAAGUCACACACACAACACUAACACAGCCCCACCAACAUAUAUGGAUUCAUUGAAGAAGCCUAACAAGAUCAGUGAGAUAGUUAGGCUUCAACAGAUCCUCAAGAAGUGGAAGAAGCUUGCUACCACCAACAAAACCACCACCACCAUUAAGCGUACUGCUAGCAGCAGCAGUAUCAGCAACAACAACAAUGGUGGCAGUAAGAGCAUCAAGUUUCUGAAGAAAACAUUGUCAUUCUCAGACUACACAUCCAUUAAUUCGACCAAUGAGGCUGUUCCUAAGGGGUUUCUGGCGGUAUGCGUGGGAAAGGAGCUGAAGAGAUUCAUAAUUCCAACAGAGUAUUUGGGACACCAAGCAUUCCAGAUACUACUGAGAGAAGCAGAAGAGGAGUUUGGGUUCGAGCAAGAGGGAGUACUCAAGAUUCCAUGUGAAGUCCCUGUGUUUGAGAAGAUCUUGAAGAUGGUUCAACACAAGAGGCCUCAGGAGCCAGAGCAGCUGUUCUUCUUGCAUUCACAUUCAGGGUUUAAUAAUAACAUGAUUGACAAUGAGGACGACAACAUGAAUUUUAGCAUUACUAAUGGUUGUUACAGCUCCCCCGAUUGUGAGCUUACCCCACCCUCUCACCAUCCUCAGUUGUGUAGAUGAUCAUCAUCAUCAUAUAUCAUCCUUCCUUCUUUACAUAUUUUUCUUUUUUAAUUUUUUGUGAAAAGGCAAACGCAUCCAUCAUCAGGCAGAGAGAGACCAGAGGAUCCAAUAGUAGACUUGAAUAAGACCGAUUUCCUUUUUUUUUUUGUUUUUUUUUUUUUUUGUUUGGAGAUCAAUCAAGUAUUCGAG